AUGGGUAAAAGGAAAUACAAAGACUCAAACCGAGACGAAUUGCAAGAAGAACAGGAACAGAGACAGAGGACAAUCCCGGAUCUCUUUUCUAGAGACCACGUCAGCUCGUCGACGUACAAGCAACCUCCUCUAUCGCCGUCAAGCAAGCGGCUACGGCGCAACGAAUGCGACUCCGCGCUUGAGACGUCAUCCGAAGGGCCAGCACUCAUCACUGUCGACAAGAUGUAUAACUUCACCAGCUCAGACGGCAAGGGAAACAACGGUAGUGCGUUCGGGUUCGGUCGCGCCAAUAACCACACUCCUCUGGUGAAAUCGAGACCGUUUAACGCCUCUACGAACCCAAGUAGCUUUACACCGCACACGGGCGCGAAGACACUCAAGGUCAAGAAUCUACGUGAUACUCCCCGCCUCGACCAGCAGCUAUACUUCGACAAGGUCUGGUCACAGCUAGACUCGGCUCUUACGGCAAUCUUCAACCAUGAGAAGCUUCCAUUUUCGCUGGAAGAGCUGUAUAGAGGGGUUGAGCACGUGUGCAGGCAAGGACGAGCGGCGCAACUAGCGAAGAAUCUCAAGGAUCGUUGCAUCGAACAUAUAUCAGGAAAAGUCAUGCAGUCACUGCUCGCGAAAACCUCCUCUGGGGAUGACGCGGGGGUGUUGCGUGCUGUGGAGGCUGCAUGGUCGCAAUGGAAUGCGCGCCUCGUGACAAUUCGGUCCAUCUUCUACUAUCUAGACCAGUCGUUCCUCCUCCAUUCCCCCAACAAUCCUGUUAUAUAUGAAAUGGGCCUCCUCCAGUUUCGUUCGACUAUAUUCUCCGAUGCCACUCUGAAAGCGAAGGUAUUUCAAGGAGCCUGUCAUCUAGUCGAGCUGGAUAGACAGGAGGACACUUACGCCGACCCCACCCUCCUGAGGAGCUCUAUAAAACUGUUUCACGACUUAAAGAUAUACACCAGCCAGUUUGAGCCAUGUAUACUCGAGAAUUCUGCGGCAUAUUAUAAGAACUGGGCGGUUAGCCGAUCGGCGGGUGACGAUCUUGCGGGCUACGUGGAAAAGUCUCAUCGUUUCAUUGAACGGGAGAUGGCCCGAUGUGACCUUCUCUCAUUCGACCGAGGGACAAAGCAGAAGUUGGCCGAGCUACUUGAUCAAAACUUGAUGGUCAAUCAAAAGAGCUUCCUUCUUAACGAGGUUGACAUCGUAGGACUCCUCCAGGCAAACAAUACAGUGGCACUGGAGCGGCUAUUCUCCAUGCUAGAGCGAAAGGGCAUGGGUGUGGAGGUGAAGCCGGCGUUUUGCAAAUAUAUCAUUGAACAAGGCUCUGCAAUCGUAUUCGACGAAGAACGCGAAGCGGAGAUGGUCAACAGACUCCUUGAUUUUAAGCAGAAUCUAGAUCAUAUCUGGAAAUUUUCAUUCCACAAUCACGAGCAGUUAGGACAUGCGCUUCGAGAAUCGUUUGAGACCUUUAUCAACCAGCAUAAAAAGUCAGAAUCCAACUGGGGAACCGACAACCCUAAGCCAGGUGAGAUGAUUGCAAAACACGUGGAUCUAUUGCUCAAGGGAGGUGUGAGAGCGAUUCAGAACCGUCCGAUCCAAGACAUCACUGGCGGUGCUAGCCUUACCGAUGAGGAUGCGGAAAUUAAUAAACAACUUGAUCAAGUGUUGGAUCUAUUCCGAUUCGUUCAUGGUAAAGCCGUGUUCGAGGCCUUUUACAAAAACGACCUAGCUAGAAGGCUGCUCAUGGGCAGAAGUGCCAGCGAUGACGCGGAGAAGAGCAUGCUCUCGAGACUCAAGACAGAGUGUGGCUCAAACUUUACCCAUAACCUGGAAACCAUGUUCAAGGACAUGGAUCUCGCCCGGGACGAGAUGGCUUCAUACAACGCUCUACUAAGGGAAAAGAAUGAACGACCGAAGAUCGACCUCAAUGUUAAUGUCAUCUCUGCCACUGCUUGGCCCAGCUACUUGGACAUACCCGUCAAUAUACCACCCUCCAUAAGUCGGGUGAUCAAUGAUUUCGAGCAAUUCUACCACAACAAGUAUAGCGGGAGAAGGCUGCACUGGAAACACGCUCUAGCGCACUGCCAGUUAAAGGCACGGUUCCCACGAGGAGACAAAGAGCUGGUCGUGAGCUCUUUCCAAGCAAUCGUGCUUCUUCUAUUCAAUGACAUUGCUAGCUCCGAGACGCUACCAUAUUCAGUCAUCAAGCAGGCGUCAGGUCUAUCGGAUGUGGAAUUGAAACGGACACUACAAUCACUAGCCUGCGCCAGAUACCGUGUUCUCACUAAGAAGCCGAAAGGUAAAGAGGUCAAUGAAGACGACGUGUUUGGGUACAACGCCAAAUUCGAGGACGAAAAGAUGCGCAUCAAGAUCAACCAGAUCCAGCUCAAGGAGACCAAGCAGGAGAACAAGACGACGCACGAGCGUGUUGCUGCAGACAGGCAGUAUGAGACCCAGGCCGCGAUUGUCCGCAUCAUGAAGAGCCGCAAGCUCAUCGCGCACUCGGAUCUGGUUGCGGAGGUGAUCAAGGCCACGAAGAAUCGCGGCCAGCUCGAGAUCGGCGAUAUCAAGAAGAACAUUGACAAACUCAUCGACAAGGACUACAUUGAACGGGAAGAAAACAACCAGUACAGGUACACAUGCUAG